AUAAACACGGAGAACAUUUUCAGGCGAGACUGGAGCCUGGAGGGGAAUCCGAAAACGGUCUCAGAUUGUGAAUGGCGAUGCUCUCAACAGUCUCCACUCUCAAUCCUCAGAGCAUGAGAAGGUGAGGAGUGGAAAAUUUGUGAAUUUGCGAUGUCUUUUGACGAAGAGGAGAAACAAUGGAGUUGUGGGAAGGUUGGUGGUGUGAAGCUUCAUCGAGUCAGUUCUAUUAUUCGCGACAUUGGCGAACCUUGCCUCCACCAAUCACCGAUAAAGGUAAGUAAAAUGCUUAAGCCGGACAAGUGGCAGGCAGCUUUUGAUAGUGAUGGAAAGGUUUUUGGUUUCCAGAAAGCACUGAAGUUGAUAGUUUUGGGGGGUGUGGAUCCAUCUAUAAGGCCAGAAGUUUGGGAGUUUCUUCUUGGCUGUUAUGCACCAAGCAGCACUGCUGAGUAUCGAAGGGAACUGAGGAUGGCUAGGAGGGAGCGUUACAAGGACCUAAUUAAGCAAUGCCAAAUGAUGCAUGCAAACGUAGGAACUGGUUCACCUGCAUAUGUUGUGGGGUCCAAAGUUAUGGAUGUUCGGACAUUUUCCAAAGCUAAUGGGAGAAAAGAAGCUGAAGUAAAAAACAGACAAGCUUCUGAUGAAAAUACUAACAAAUUAGAUACUUAUUGUGAAUGGGAUCAUAGUUGUACAGAUACACCAUAUGCCUGCCAAAGAGAAUGCUCUAGUUAUUCAUCUGACAUUGUCAGUGUAAGGAGAAGCACAGACGGUAUGGCAUAUGACUCUUCAAGUCUUAUAUGUAGUUCAGAUCCAUACAACUGCAGUUCUCCAAAACCUGGGAGAGAAGCACAUAUAUCAGAAUGCGUAAACGAAAGAAUUUAUGAUUUUCCUACUUUACCUGUUACGAAUUUGUUUGAGAAGCAUGUUCAGGAAAAGAAAGAUUUUGAGAUGGAUGAUGAUGGACUUUCCGCUCAGUGUAAUCUGAGAUUAGAAGAUGAAAGUCUGCACAGUUUUCAGAUUGACAACAAUGUGGAUCUAAUUAUGGAAUCAAAUGAUUUACCGUCUAACAAUAUCUCACCUCAUAUUCACUCUGAAAUUGAAAUGAUUCAUCCUGAUACCCAUGAACCAGCAUUUCGGUCCAGUAAUCUGGGAUGCAAACCAGAAACAGUGGACAGCCUGAGAAUAUCAGAUGUUCCAAAAACACCCAUAAUAAAUGCAACAUCUCAAGGGGUUGGCAGUGAAGACAGAGUAUCUGAAUGGCUUUGGACACUGCACCGCAUAGCUGUUGAUGUGGUAAGAACAGAUAGCCAUCUUGAAUUCUAUGAGGAUACGAAAAACUUAGCCAGAAUGUCAGACAUCCUUGCUGUUUAUGCAUGGGUUGAUCCUGCAACAGGAUACUGCCAAGGUAUGAGUGAUUUGCUGUCCCCUUUUGUUGUUCUCUACGAGGAUAAUGCUGAUGCAUUUUGGUGCUUUGAGAUGCUUCUAAGGAGAAUGCGUGAAAAUUUUCAGAUGGAAGGUCCUACUAGAGUCAUGAAGCAGUUGCAAGCACUAUGGCACAUCUUGGAACUCACAGACCGAGAAAUGUUUGUGCACCUCUCGCAUAUAGGUGCUGAAAGCCUUCAUUUUGCUUUCCGCAUGCUGUUGGUGCUUUUUCGUCGGGAGUUGUCUUUCAAUGAGGCUCUUUUUAUGUGGGAGAUGAUGUGGGCUGCUGAUUUUGAUGAGGCAACAUUGUCUAGUCUAGAGGAGAAUUGCCUGGAACAACUGCUGGUACAGGCUCCAAAAGAUUUAAGUAGAGAAAUAGUAGAAGUAAGGGAGGACAAUGUUAAUUAUAGUUUGAGGUGUGGCUUAAAGUCGAAGCAAAGAAAUAUUAAGCAACGCAUAUCUGAAAAUGGGGGAAUAAAAUCAGCAUCAUCUCAUCACCUCUGUGGCUUGACAAAGAGUUUUUGGUCAAAGAAUGCUCAGUUACAGAUCUGUGGUGCUGUCUCAUUAAGGAAUGAGGAUGAUGAAUUGCCUGUGUUUUGUGUAGCAGCAGUUCUCAUUAUGAAUCGUCAGAAAAUCAUCAGAGUAACUCAUUCAAUUGAUGAUUUGAUAAAGAUAUUCAAUGACAACAUGCUCAAGAUCAGUGUCAAAAGAUGCAUACGUACAGCCAUCAAACUUCGGAAGAAAUACUUUUACAAGCUAAUCAGAAGCAAGAGCCCAGAAGCUCAUAAUGGUGACUAGGAUUGCUCCAUUCCCAUGCUUCAGGGACAAUAUUUUUGCUGUGACACUCUGUUGGUUACUGUGAUCAGUUUCCAAAUUUGAGUGACGUGAUAAGAUUGUCAUGUAAAUAUUUUAUUUUGGAGGAGUUUGAAGCAGAAGUGUUUAUCCCUUCUAAGGUUCAUCCAGAUAGUGCACAUUCAAUUUCUUUGCAUCUGCUGUGUGAGCCAGUGGAAAAAUUAAAAGUUGGAAGAGUUUCUUUGCUUCGGGCACUAGGAUCUGAUCACAGACAGAGACAUUGUGUGAAGCCCUUAAACAGGCCUUUGGAUUUGCAGAAUGCGAGGGCUGAUUCGCCGGAGAUGGAGGCUGAGACAGGGGGAGAUUCACGGCUGCAGCACUUGAUCUCAGGCCAUCCCUUCUCCCCGUCAGAACAAUAUAUGAUGGUCCACCAGCCUGUUUCAUCCAUCCAUUCCCAACCCCAUAGCUGAGUUAAGACUUUCAAUUAAUCUGAACACUCUCUCUCUCUUUCUCUCAAGAGGAUUCAAUUCAUUUGUCAAGAUUUCCUUUGAAUAGUUUGGAGUAGAAGGGAUUUUAUGGUGUGUGUGGGGUAUUCAUGUUACCAAUUUGACAGCAUCCCAAGCAGCUAGGUGGAGAAUGUCGGCGCACGAGACGACUCCAGGGCGCAGGUCUUCCAGGACAGUCUUGAUCUUGUCGAUAACAAAGAACCCUCCAAGCCCUGAGUUUUGGGGUGCAGUCUUCUCUGAGUUUGGUUGAUCAAGCAGAAUCGAUGCAUCACGACCCUACGAAUAUACAAUAAUGCAUCAUUCGACACAUCGAUUAAGUCAUUAUUAGACCUAAAAGUUUAAGUCUAUGGUACAUACAAUAACACAACAUUGUGCACUGUAAUCGCACAAGUUUUCCAUGGUGCUGUUUUAUUGAAUGAAAACACAUAUAUGCAUGUAUUGAUGGAUCCUAAGUUUUAUUUUUGAGAGGUACGUACAUUGAUAAAGCAGUCGGAGUAGAGGAAUCGGAGAAGCUUCGGGGCAAGGCUGGGGUCUCUGUUCUAAAACAUCCUCACUUGUUGCCUCACGAAGGCCUCCGUGUUAUUGCACUUCCCCUGCUUCUUGAGAAAUGCCUCUCCAGCUUCAUCCGCAGCAGCAUCUCCGCCCACUUCCACCACCCACCUCCUUAUCACUGCCACCACCACCACUGCUACCACUACACCAAACCCUUCUCUCCUCCGCCCCCUCAGCGCCAUCUUCUUCUUCUAUUCAAAGGCUCACUUCGAAUGUGCAUGUGUGUAUAUACACGGGCACAACUGGCAACAUGUACCAAGUGGGUUUGUAAUUUUCAAGAAUAAUAUCUCGAAUAUUUAAAGGGAUUUUUAAUUUUUUUUAUUGUUAUCAAAAUAUAAUAAUUAUAUUAAAUUCAAGCUAUUAG